AUGAUCUUCGGAACCUUCGUCCUGGCCCUGGCCACAUCUUUUGCCGCUGUCGUUAAAGCCGAUUACUAUAUCGAACCUGACUCCGUCCCUCUGGCCACACGAGAGUAUUGGUGCACACAGGCCUUGACCUCCUGCCCCUUCCUAUGUGAACAGACAAAGCCAGGCACCACCAAGGUCAACACGUGCGAUCCCGAAACCCUCCAAUACGGUUGUCUAUGCGGCGACAACAAGCAGCCCAAUGUCUCCGAAUAUAGCUUGACCAUUCCCUACUUCGUUUGCCAGGAAUGGGGCACCCAGUGCGUCGCCAAAUGCUCGACAAACACCUGCAAGGCAGCAUGCCGUGAGGAACACCCUUGCGGUGCUCUCGAUCCUACGCCUGCCAACUUAACUUCCUCCACCACCACCACCGCCUCGGCGACUGCCAGCUCUACUACCAACGCCAAUCAAAUCUACGGCUCCCCUAACAAAUCGAAUGAUAAGGGAGCCGCCUCGGCUCUUGCCCUUGGGAGCCGAUACGGUCUCGGUGUCGUCCUUGGAUCCUUCUUUUUGGGAUUUGCUCUUCUAUAA